AUGGACAAUUUAUUGUGGAUUGUAUUAGCAAUCUUGUUGUCUUCCAUAAUCCUGUACAGGAACAGGAGGUUUAGCAUCAUCAGAUCAUCUAAGUACAAAACCCCACUUCCUUUAGGCACUCUUGGAUGGCCUUUUCUCGGAGAAACUCUCGAGUUCAUUUCCUGUGCUUACUCAGACCGCCCUGAAAGCUUCAUGGAUAAACGUCGCCGCAUGUAUGGGAAGGUGUUCAAGUCGCACAUAUUUGGAAGUCCUACUAUAGUAUCAACAGAUGCAGAAGUGAGCAAAUUUAUACUACAAAGUGAUGCAAAGAUCUUUGUACCAUCUUACCCGAAAUCUCUCACAGAGUUGAUGGGAAAAUCCUCCAUUUUGCUCAUCAAUGGGAGCUUGCAGAAGAGAAUACAUGGCCUGAUAGGAGCCUUCUUCAAAUCCACUCAUCUCAAAGCUCAAAUCACUAGAGACAUGCGAGUUUAUGUUCAAGAAUCAAUGAAGAAAUGGAGAGAUGACCACCCCAUAUGCAUACAAGACGAAACCAAAAAUAUUGCCUUUCAAGUCCUAGUCAAGGCAUUGAUCAGUUUGGAUCCUGGUGAAGAAAUGGAGUCUCUAAAGAAACAGUUCCAAGAAUUUAUCUCUGGUCUCAUGUCUCUACCCAUAAAUAUCCCUGGAACUCAACUUUAUCGCUCUUUACAGGCCAAGAAGAAAAUGGUGAAGUUGGUGCAAAAAAUUAUUCAAUCUAAAAGGGUUCAUGAUCAUCAUCAUGGUGGUGGUGGUGGCAUCUCAAUAGUACCUAAGGAUGUGGUAGAUGUUCUGCUUAACGAUGCCAGUGAACAAUUUACCCACGAACUAAUAGCUGAUAACAUAAUUGAUAUGAUGAUUCCUGGGGAGGAUUCUGUGCCAGUUCUUAUGACAUUAGCCAUAAAAUACCUUUCAGAUUGCCCUGCUGCCUUGCAACAGUUAACAGAUGAGAACGUGAAAUUGAAAAAUCUUAAAGCUCAGCUUGGGGAGCCAUUAAUUUGGACUGAUUACUUAUCAUUACCAUUUACACAGAAGGUGAUCACAGAAACCUUAAGAAUGGGAAACAUCAUAGUUGGGGUAAUGAGAAAGGCCAUGAAGGAUAUAGAGAUAAAAGGGUAUUUGAUUCCAAAGGGAUGGUGUGCUUUUGCAUACUUUAGAUCAAUUCAUCUUGAUGGAAUUCACUAUGACUGGCCUUACCAGUUCAAUCCAUGGAGGUGGCAAGACAAAGACGCAAGCAGUAGCAACUUCACUCCAUUUGGCGGUGGGCAACGAUUAUGUCCUGGUCUUGACUUGGCUAGGCUUGAAGCUUCCAUUUUCUUACACCACUUCGUUACUCAAUUUAGUUGGGUGGCUGAGGAAGAUACAAUUGUAAACUUCCCAACAGUGAGAAUGAAGAGAAGAAUGCCAAUUUGGGUCAAAAGGAGAGAAAUAAUAAUAUAAAUUAAGAUCCUUGAGCACAUAAAAACUCUCCAAUAAAAAGGUUUUGAAGAAAACUUUGCCCUCACAAUGAUAGAGAGGAAAGGCCAACUAGAAAAAGACUCAAAGGGCAUCAAAAUUAUAUAUAUUAUAAUAAUGCCAUUUGCCACAGUGCACACGUGUGGAGGCAUCAACAAGACUGACACAAAAUUUGUCAUCUUCCAUGUAGCUAGGUAUUGCAAAUAUAGACUAUAGAAUAAUAUAUUAUAUAAUUUCUAGCCAUUUUUAUCUUUAUUUUUUUUUAAUCUUAGCAUGCACAAUUGUAAAAGGUGAGUUGAAGUAGUGGGCAUAAAUCAAUGAUUUUGGGUCCCAAUGAAUAAUUAAUGUCGUUUUUAGAAUGUCUUAUGUGGAA